AAAUCGAGGUUACAAAUCGAAGAGCCUGAGUGGUUCCCAAAUCUGCAGUGCUCUCUUUAAGGCCGGCUUCAUGGCCAAUUCGUCCGGAUUGAAGCGAUCUCGUGUGGAUCCGGCGGGAGCCUCGUCCUCGUCGUCCACGGGCGCCAAACGCUUGCGCUUGAACUCGCAGGGCGAUUCUGAUAGGUCGAGCUUGUCGUUUAAGGACGCCUUUCGCCACGCCUUCCACACGGUCAUGGAUACGCUGUGGGGUCGAGCUAAACCAAAUCCCAUGGGAACAACUGGUACCAUGACCCAUCGCCAUAAUCCAGAGAUUGAAAUGACUUAUGAUUCACGAAUGAUCAAACGAACUUCAAGCAGUGGAACCCAAACCCCGGCCGUCUCAAGUUCAUCAAGCACGACUUCAAAAUCGGGAUCCGCCCAGAGCUCGUUAGCCACCAAAUUGUCCAAAUCCACAUCCAACCCGGAUGUGUUAAUUUUGGGCGAAUCUCUAGGCACUGGAUCUAAGAACGAAUUGAAUAGGAAACCCAAAAGUCGUGAUAUGGAGAAGAAGAAAAAUCGGCCAAUCCCCGAGGUGAUCGAUUUGGAACCCCAAACCGAUCGGGACGCAUUCCGUUCAUUUAGUUUCGAAGCCACGGGCACGCCUCAUAUUUUUUCCAAAGCUGAUAGAGCGAAGAAAAAUGAGCCCUUAAAUAUUCUGAGUCGUCUAAGAGCCAAGCAUCCUGCUGCUUGCGUAGCCCGAGAUUUCUCUCGACCCCCAAAGAUCAAGCAUUGCACUAUUAAACGCUUGGGCAUUCAAAGUCCAGUGUCUCGUUAUUCAAGCCCUAUGUCCAAGAACAAGCGAUUGGUAUUACGCCAACAAGCCGAGGAUCAAUGCGUCGAUUUGACGAGCAAGGAUCGUUAUGCCCAGUUCCUAAAGUCAUUCCAAAAAGAUGAUUCGGGCACAUCUUUCCGCCGAACUCCUGGUUUAAAUCUCUUUGGAACGUCUCCGUUCUUUCACCGACGAUCGGAGACUAUUUUAAGUCGAGGUGCGGUUGAUGUGAAUACUCAAUCGCCUGAGACGAGUCGACAAAUGAAGGCCUCGUUCAAGGACAAGUUCUUGACCCCUGCCACCCAGCCUGAAGUGAUCAAUCUCGUGGAGGAGGAAGAAGAAGAAAACUCGAGUAACUCGUUUCAAAGACCAGUCACCAAAGGUCCGGAUGAUGAUAUCCGCGAGAUCCUUGAGAAAUAUGCGACCAGUCCAGACUUAAAGCAGGCUCCGGAGCCCCGAAUUCCGAGAGUGAACACCCUUGAAGCCGAUUUGAAAUUGAAACCGAUCACGAAAGACGAUUUCUUGGAGCGAAUCCAGAGCCAAUAUAGCGCAAAUGCACGAGAGAGAGAGCGUCGGAUGGUUCAGGCCCAAACUCGGUUGGAACAUGCGCAGGUUCGUACUAAAAAAUUGGAAGACGCCUUAGCUCAACGGAUGAAGAAGACGCUGGAGAUCACCGAAGUGCCAAUUGAGGAAGUUCAAGACGAGGAGGAGGAAGAAGAAUUGCCCGAAAUCACCACUGAAAUGGAAACGGUCAUCAACAAUGCUUGCUCCUCGAGAGGACAAGCUUUAAUUGACCGCUUCAACAUCGCCAUCACAAGAAAAGACGUGGACACACUCAAGGGUCUUAAUUGGCUCAACGAUGAAGUCAUCAACUUCUAUAUGCAGCUUAUCUGCGAACGGUCCAAAACUACGGACAAUUGGCCCAAUGUCCAUGCCUUCAAUACGUUCUUCUAUCCCAAAAUCGUUCAAUCUGGACACGCGCCGGUGAAGAGAUGGACCAAGAAAGUGGACAUUUUCAGUUUUGACUUGCUCUUAAUUCCCGUUCAUCUUGGUAUGCAUUGGUGCUUGGCCGUCGUGGAUCUGAGAAAACCAGGAGUGUACUACUAUGACAGUAUGUUGGGUGAAAAUAAGCGAUGUCUCAAAGCCGUUUUGCAGUACUUGGAAGACGAACACCGGGACAAGAAAAAAAGCGAAUACGACACGUCCAACUUUGAAGCGAUUUGCGUCAAGGAUAUCCCGCAACAAAUGAACGGAUCUGAUUGUGGAAUGUUUGCGUGCAAAUUUGCCGAAUAUCUCUCCAGGAAUUCGAAGAUCACUUUUGACCAACAGGAUAUGCCGUAUUUUCGCAAGAGGAUGAUAUAUGAAAUUGUCUCCGGAAUUCUCCUUCAUCCCUGAGCAACAAAGUAACAAACAAAGAAAAUCCUAAUGGAAAUCAUGUAUUGAGAGAUGUAUUUAUUCGCAAGAAAUCCCCGGGCCUUACCCAAA